UUAGUGCCGAUCCUCGAAUCUGACUGGACAAGAGACUUUUUCUGUUGUGUGUUCUAGACGGGCUGUCAGUCAGUGCAGCUUCAUUGUGGCGGCAAGGGACUGUCUUUGAGUCUUUAAACCGUUCAUUCAACCACACGUUCAGAAAUGCUGAUUCAUUCAAAGAGAGAUGUCAUGAAACACGCUGUUGAAAUCAUUUGAACUUUUAAAGCCUCAGCUGACCAGUCGAUGCUCAGACAGAGAUUUGGCUUUCCUUGGACAUGACAACCUGUUUUCACAAAUACACAUGAUGCAGCUGAAGGACAGAUGCACGCGCUAAGGCGAUCUCUCAUUCGCUGUCUGUUUAGGCUUGUUAAGUGCCUCUGUACAAAUCAGCAUGGUACACAUUGUUAUCAUUACUAACUUAUUUAAUAUUCAGUACAAAGUGUAAAACGAGAAGGGCAUAACCUCACAAGAAAAAAAAAAGAAAACACGCAAAUAUCGCAGUUGUUGCAUUCCUCUGCGGUUAUAAUAUUAUAUUUGGGUAUUUUGACUCAGACCCCACAAAAUUUCUUUGACACAACACCAGUCUCUCUCUUGAAGUCAAGUCAAGUUAAGUCACCUUUAUUUAUAUAGCGCUUUUAACAAUACAGAUUGUGUCAAAGCAGCUCUACAGUAUCAAAUGGGAAAAUAGUGUGUCAAUAAUGCAAAAAAACAAAACAAAACAAAAACCACGGAAGUGACUAAAACUGCAGUUCAUCGACUGGCUGCUAGAGUCAAUCCAUGUUAUAAUGACCAACUUUACAGCAGAAAACAAAUGUUCACUGCCCUGUGCAAAAAGUGGUUUUGGUCUAAAUAGGUACAUUUUCCAUUCAUGACAACUGUGAGGAGGGUGAUUUUUAUUUUAAUUUUAAUUUUUUAUAACUAAUCCAUUUAAAUUAUAUUAAGCCUUAAAGUUUUGCAUAAUUAAGGGUGUGGCCAUUUGAGUGAUGGGUGUAUUUCUGCUGCUGUCUCUACCAGCUGUUUGUCUGCUGUCUGUUAGCCGUCACAUCACCUCAGCUAAUUCCAGCUGCUGAACUUGGCAUCUCUGCCGUGUUUGUGAUUUUAUUUAUUUAUUUAUUUUUUAAGGGUUAUUUCAUACAAUUAUCAAAUAAAAUGGCUUGCUGUGCGGUUAAUUUACCUACCGUAAGCCCCGCCCCCUUAGUUACUGUUGCUCACUCAGACAAACAUGAUGUUUUUGAUCAAUUUUGGACACAGAAGGACCACCCCUCGUCGAGGAGCAUUCAAGUAGGACUUAAAUAUGCCAUGGAGGGAUAUAGAAAUUAUUUUAAAAUAAAUACGGUGGAUAUGAUUAAGCAUGGACACACUAACUUUAUCAUUAGCUAGUUUUAACCAGAGAUAUUAACAGACAUUAACGUUCUGCUUGAGCAGAUGAAAAUGAAUGUCAGUGUCAUUUAAUGAAAGUAUGGCAACCAGAAAGUGAAUGUUGAAUAAUAAAAUAAAUUCCAAAUUCCAUUGCCUGUCCUCUCAGGAUACCUGGAAUCAGUGUUACAAGAACCCCAGGCAGCCCCAGGGGAGGGGCUUACCGACUGGUCAAGUGUAGUAAGAGACCUUCCAAGAUGUCUGCAUUUUUUUCCGGAAAAUGCACUAGUAACAACUAAAAAAAGAAGCCCAAAAAUAUAAUUCAACAGAGGAUGAUGACUCUGGUGAAGCAUGCACUCAAGUAAUGGUAAGCAGUAGUCUACUUUAUUUGAUCUUUUAUUAACUAUUAUCUUCAUAGUUUUGAAUACAUAACUGCUAUUGUAUUUCAGGAACUAAGACCUGUGGGAGUGCUGGAGAAAUCAAGUGUACCAAAUCCUCAGUCAUGGAGAGAGUUAAAUGAAAUCAAAGAGCUAAAGGAAGAUUUACAAUACUAGUGCCAAUUCAGUAUGAACACAGAGAGAGAGCUGAGGCAGUGGAAAGAUUGUGUGCCCAUUGACUGGCAUUAUACGACUGACAGACUACAACAGUUUGAGUUAAAAACCUUCAUUUGUGUUCUACUGAAGAAACAAAGUCACCUACAUCUUGGAUGCCCUGGGGAAAUGAAUCAGUGACAGAAGAUGAUGUCUCGUCCAUGCCUGCUUCUAGAGACACUGGAGGAUCUAAGCAGUGACAAACUGAAGACGUUUAAAUGGUACUUGAAGCAUGAUGGUCAUGCUUCACCUGCUGAUGUGGAGCAGGCAGAUGCCAUCACUGAUACAGUGGAUUUGGUGCUGGCUCGUUGUGGACGAGAUGCUGUGAAGAACACACUGGACAUCCUGAGGAAGAUGAAAGAAAACAAUCUGGCUCAAGAGUUAGAGGACAAACUUAAAGGUUUAGAGGAUUCAGAGAAAGGACCGGCAGAAGAAAGAAACAUGAGAGAAUCUGAUUAUUCACUACAGGAAAAAAACAAGGGUACUGGAAGAGCAGGAAUCCAGACAGCUCAACACCUACAGCAGAAAAAAGAGCAUCUGUUUGACAGACUUCAUCUUGAUAUCAGCCAUAAACUCAGAGCUGCAGAUGUUCUUCAGAAAUCCAAACAUUCAUUACUGUCCUGUGAGUCUUUUGCUGAAGAAGACCUGUUUCAGACUUGCAUACAAAAACUACAGAUGAUGGACUACAGAACAAGACAAAUCAAAACCGAUCAGAUUGUAAACACUGUUCACUCGAUGGAUGUUCAGAUGGCUGUGUUUCAUUGUGCUGAUGGUGUCCUGAAGCAGCUGAUGGUCACUAAACUGUCCCAGUGUCAGUUCGCUCUGCCUCUGCUUGUUCCUCAUCCAUUCACACGACAUAUUGAGUUUCCUCUCUGGACAUUCAGACAAAUCACCAAGAGCUGGAAGAUCAGAAACAGAAACAAUGAGAUCAUCAGUCGAACCCAUCCGAUUUACAAAGCACAAACUCCAAUGGUGUUUUUCUUCAGGUUUGGCUCUGUGUCUUACUCCAAGUCUCAGCUGAUGAACAGUCUGAUCAAUGAGAAACACGACACGUUCUUCCACAGACACUGCCUAGACAGCAUCAGAUCCAGAGUCCUGAUGGAUGGAGUGGUGGAGAUCGCCUGGUUCUGCCCCUCUGUGAAAAAUACAGAUAAAUUCAGUGAGUGUGUUGCGUUUUGUAAUCUACACGGUGAUGCAGGAGACCAUGAGAAACAGCUGCAGAUCCUCACUGAAAUGAGCUCAGUCAAUGUUGUUCUUCUGUCACGACUCGACAGGAAUGACAGAAACAUGAUAAAACUUCAAGAAUGCUGUGAGUGCUCAAAGCCACUCAUUUGUGUUUACACUGAGGAAGAUUUUGCUCUCUCUGAGGCACAAACAGGACAAUUCAAAAUCGGUCUAAAAGGCAGAAAUCCGUCACGUGUAUCUGAAGAACUCAGAGGAGCUAUAAAGGUUUGUCUCUCAGAAUCAUCUCACACUUUCAGACUUGAAGAUAUUUCCAAACACUCAGACAUCAGAGUAGAUGAGGAAGAUGAUGAAGACUGCAGGAGAGGAAGAGAAGCAGCAGAGCAGAUGAUGAGUUUACUGGAGAAUAAAGAUCUGACACAAAUCAAAGACUCAUUUCUGCCUCAUCAGGGGAAACUGUGGCAUCAGUGGAGUCAGAAGAACAAAGAACUACAUCGACCUCGAGGAGAUGAGACAGAAAUGGACAUGAAGAAAAUACGUCAACAGCAGCAUGACUCUGAGAUCAGUGAGUUCAUGGAGCUCUUUAUUAAACAAAUGUGCUCAAAUGCUGAAUAUAUAUAUAUGUUUUUUCUUCAAUGGCUCAGAAUCCUACUGGAUGAAUAUACAUCACCUGGUCUUUCUGCUCUAAAUCACAAAUAUCAUGAAAAGUGGUCAAUAGUUGUAAAACUGAAAGAGAGCAAUAAUAAUUCUGAACAACUCAAAUCUGAACAAACUGAACUUGAGAGAAUAUCUGAGGAUCUUCAAGCAGCAAACUUUGGUGUGGAGCACAUCAUGAGGGAGAUCGGUCAGAUCUAUGAAUCAUGUUCAUCUGUGCAGAAGAACAAGAAAGACCUGCAGGUUGACUUCUCUUCUCUCCCGAGUCUCGCAGCAGAGAUGAUGAUCUCUGGAUCUCCACUGGAGCUGAUGGAUGGAGAUGCUGCUUGUGUUCCUGUGAUCUGGAUCUCUGCUGUUCUGGAUCAACUCCAUCAGAAACUGGGAGAUCAGAGAGUCUUUGUGCUGUCAGUUUUAGGGCUUCGAGGCUCUGGGAAAUCCACCAUGCUGAACGCCAUGUUUGGACUCCAGUUUGCCGUCAGCGCUGGAAGAACAACCAGAGGAGCUUUCAUGCAGCUGAUCAGAGUCUCAGACGAGAUGAAAACACAGAUGAACACUGACUAUAUUCUGGUUGUUGAAACUGAGGGUCUUCGUGGUCCAGAACUGACUGGAAGAUCAACAAGUGAUCAUGACAGUGAAUUAGCCACAUUUGUUGUUGGUCUUGGAAAUCUGACACUGAUCAACAUCUUUGGAGAAAACCUAUGUAAGAUGCAGGACAUUCUUCAGAUUGUGGUUCAGGCCUUCCUGAGGAUGAGGAGAGUCAGACUGAAUCCCAGCUGUGUGUUUGUGCAUCAGAACGUGUCAGACAUCACAGCUGGAGAGAGAAACAUGGAGGAAAGGAGACGACUGCAGGAGACACUGGAUGAGAUGACAAAACUCGCUGCUAAAGAAGAAGACUGUGAUGAAGAAUGUUUCAGUGAUAUCAUUAGAUUUGAUGUUCAGAAUGAUGUGAAGUAUUUCACUCAGCUCUGGGAGGGAAGCCCACCGAUGGCUCCACCAAACCCAGACUACUGUGAGAACAUUAAAGAUCUGAAGAUGACUAUUAUGUCUCAUGCCUCAAGAGGAAUGAUGCUGAAAGACUUAAAAGAUUGUAUUAAAGAUCUCUGGAAGGCUUUACUGAAUGAAGAAUCCGUCUUCUACUUCAGAAAUUCUCAGGAGAUUUCAGCUUCACUGGAGAAUGAAUGCAGCAAAUUAACCAGUGUCGUGAUGGAAAAUGAAAGCAUACAACAAAAACAAAUAGAAAAUGAUGUGAUUCAUGAGGUUGAUCUUCAAAGAGAACAGAUGGACACAUGUGAAGUGGAAAGAACAAUGUCUGAGCCCGUUGAGAAAGACAUGGAUAAUGAUAUACUGAUUCAGAGGAAAACAUCAAAGAUCAAUGAGCAUCAGGAAGACACUGUGAGAAAAAAGAGAAAGAGGAAAUUCAAUGAGGUUUAAAAAAAACC